CAUGAUCCAUCAAUCGCGUGAUUCCCACCACUGAGGACUAAUGGGGAGGGUGAAGAAAAAGUGAAUGCUGCCUUGGGGAAGCAACAGCAUUUUCUUCUGCUUGUGGAGCCCCUCCACCAGUCGGACGUUUCAUGGCUUCUCCAAGGUUAGAAACGUACUGCUGCCCAAACCGGGAUGCAGCUACACAGCUGGUGAUGAGCUUCCAGCCUGAAGUCUUCUGUGGAGUCUGCAUUGGCAGUGCCUCCAUCAGCCUGCUACUGACCAUCCUGCAGCUCCUGCCAAAGAAGGGACAGAGCCCACGGAAGAUGCCCAAAGCCUCCUCGUCCUCCACCAUCCUUCUCCUUAUCUCCAUUUGUGACAUCCUUGGAGGCUUAGGUAUGAUCUUCAGGUCGAGUGUAUGGCUGGGCUUCCCAGGCUUCAUAGCUAACAUUUCUGUGGUGAACGGGACUGACGUGUGGCCUUCCACUUUCUGUGUGGGGAGCGCGAUGUGGAUCCAGCUGUUAUAUAGUGCUGGCUUCUGGUGGUUGUUUUGCUAUGCUGUUGAUUCUUACUUGGUGGUGAGAAGAUCAGCUGGACUGAGUACGAUUGUGCUGUACCACAUGAUGGCCUGGGGCCUGGCAGUGAUGCUCUGCGUGGAGGGGAUUGCUCUGCUUUACUACCCCUCCCUCUCCAGCUGUGAAAACGGCUUGGAACAUGCAAUCCCACAUUACAUCACAACCUAUGCCCCGCUCCUGCUGGUGCUUGUGGCCAACCCAAUCCUGUUCAGGAGGACAGUAUCAGCAGUCGCCUCCUUACUGAAAGGGAGACAAGGAAUUUACACAGAGAACGAAAGACGUCUGGGGACAGAGAUCCAGAUGCGCUUCUUCAAAAUUAUGCUGGUAUUUGUUAUUUGCUGGUCAUCCAAUAUCAUCAAUGAGACCCUUUUGUUCUAUCUUGAGAUGCAGCCAGAUAUCAAUGAAAUGCCCCUGAAAAACAUCAGAAGUGCUGCACUGAUCACCUGGAUUAUCAUGGGGGUUCUUAAUCCCAUGCAGGGCUUUCUCUUCACGUUAGCUUUCUACGGCUGGACAGGAUGGAGAGUGGACCUGAAAUGGCGAAAGAGAGAAAUACCCUGGGAAUCGAUGUCCUCAUCAACUGCGGGGGAAAAUGCCUAUCCCUCACCAGUGAACUACCAGAGCAACAUCCACGACUCCAAGAAGAUCUCGACAACUGACAGCCAGCAGACGGACGAGGCCAUAAGCAUGUUGUCUGAAGGUAACACCAGCAGUGAUGAAAGAUUAACCAGAAGCUCUCCCAUCUACCAGGGCUGGUAGAUCCCAUGUGCAGAGCUGGAUCUAGCUUUUCCUGGAUCUAACUUUUCACAUUGUCAAUACUCACGAAACCACGUCGAUGUGUGUGAAUCAUUGUGUGCUCUGGAAUUAGGUUUGUGCUCAAUGGCUUGAUGUCAUUUCCUGUAACCUGUGACACUGUGUGAGAGAGCGUGUGAGACAGAGAGUUAUGGUCAAUGUCUUCAUCUGCCUUCUAGGAGAGAUGUAAACAGGUAUAAAGGCUUGAACCUUUUUCAGCAGGAGUAUAUCUCUGCAAUGGUAUUUGUUACUUAUGAUUGAUCUUCACUCGUUUUCUUUAAUCUCUCUUGUAACCUCCUUAUGGUAGAAGAGUCUUUUGUUUUAAUAAAUGGACUAUUCAUAUGUUGGGUUUUUAAAUGUGUUGCCUCGCUUGUCUUGCUCAGCAUAAAAUUCCUCACCCAGAAUUACAGCUCUUGGAUUUCUGAGACACCAUCAUUUCCAGCCUUUACAGUCUGGUAAAGCAUUAGUGACAGCAGACUCUGACUUCAGCACAAAUAUUUCCUGUUUGUGUUGACUCUCACUGACAUAGUCUUCUUUUAGCUUGUGUAUGUGAAUUUUUGGUGCGGUUUUAUCUAGGAAGCUGAAAGGCUUUAUUUUAAAAAAAACUGAGCCCAGCACAGGCUCCACAAACAUUUCAGAACAAAGAUUCCAUUUCAUGCCAGGUUCAAGA